ACCCCAAAAAUUAACUAUUUAAUAUUUUCAGAGACAUAAAACCUUGAGAAAAUGGGUCUGGAGGACUGGAAGGAUGUUAUUGGGAAUACAGCCACAGUUUGUGCUAUAGGAAUGUUUCUUUCUGGACUGGAGAUAUGCUUGAAACUCUACAAGACUAAGACUUCCGGAGAUUUAUCUCCGAUGUCCUUUUUGGUCGGGAUUGUCAUGACUUUUGUUUGGGUCAACUACGGAAUUCUAAUAGAUGAUGCUAAUGUGAUAAAUGUGAACGGAGCAGGGUUUAUUCUUCAAAGUUUCUACAUCGUUUUCUUUUAUGUAUAUGCCGUCAAUAAAACAAACCUUAUGAAGAAAAUCAUUUUAGUUGUACUGAUCCUUGUAUCUGUACACGUGUACAUAACCUAUGGAGUGAAUGUUACUCAAAAUAUUGGAUUCUUCGCUGCUGGUUUGUCUGUGGCCUACUGUGGAGCACCCCUAGCAGCAAUUAAUCACGUGAUCAGGACGAAAUCAGCAAAUACACUCCCGUUCUUCCUUAUUCUGAUGACAACUAUAGUAACCGGACUGUGGACUGUGUACGGAACAAUACUCCAGGACUCCUUCAUCAAAAUACCAAAUUUUCUUGGAUUCCUGAUUGCUGUCCUUCAGCUCUCUCUCUUCUUCUACUAUCCUGUCACCACUAUCCCGCCCAAAAAUUCACCGAUGAUGGACGAAGUUCCUCUAAUAUUAAUCUGUGAACCCGAAAUUAGCCAAGAAGAGAAAACAUUGAAGCCUUGAUAACGCAUUGCUCAACGUUGCCUUAAUUUAUUUUGAUAC